AUGUUCUCUCUCGAAUAUUUUCAUCUGUGGCUCGUUGGUGCAAUUUUCGUCGCAGUCGCUGCCAUUUUCAUCGGCCCUUUAAUCCGAGGCAGCGACAGCAUCAUGGCCAUCAUCAGUAACGACAGGAAGCACAUCUUUGAAUCCUAUGAUUCCAAGUUCAAGGGGAAGUCCGAAUCGACAACUCUCUCCCAUGACGACAAGGCCUGUACCGACGAAUACUACAGAAUCGCCACCGAUUUCUACGAGUACGGUUGGGGCCAGAGUUUCCAUUUCGCGCCAAGAAGAAAAUUGGAAACGCGAGAGGCCUCCAUCGCCAGACUUGAGCAUUUGAUUGCCUUGAAGUUGGGAUUGAAGGAUGGCUCGAAGGUCGGGGAUUUAGGCAUGGGAGUUGGAGGACCACUGAGAUCUGUUGUUGGGUUCUGUGGCGCUUCGGUGACUGGCGUGACCAUCAAUCAGUACCAGGUCGAGCGAGCCAAACGCCACACUCAUGCUCUUUCCCAAUGGAUGAAGGAUCGAUGCCGUUAUGCCCAGGGUGACUUCACUGAUAUCGUGCCUAAGGUGUUCGAACCAGGAAGCCUCGAUGCCGUAUAUUACUGUGAAUCCGCCGUGCACACUCCCGAUCGUGUACCGACAUUCACUGAGGCUUUCAAAGCCCUCAAGAAAGGAGGAAAAUUGCUCACUUACGAGUGGGCGAUGACCGACAAAUACAACCCGAAAGAUCUUCGGCACAAGAAGAUCAAAAGAGCUAUCGAAAGAGGGAAUGGUAUCGCAAAUGUGAUUCCGGCUGAAGAUGUUGUGAAGCAGUUGAAGAAGGUAGGCUUCAAAGUUAUUGAAGAUUAUGAUAUGUGCGAGGCUGCCAGAACGGUCAAUGGGGUGAUGGACAUCCCGUGGUAUGAGCCCCUUGCCAACCCAUGGUCCUUACAGGGAAUGCAAAUGUCAACUUUAGGCCGGGCUUUCAAUAAUGCCUUCGUUACCCUACUCGAAUUCCUCCGUAUUGCCCCCAAAGGCGCUUCCGACACCGCUAAAAUGCUGGCACAGGGAGCGGAAGGACUCGUCGAAGGAGGGAGAUCAGGAAUUUUCACGCCCACAUAUUAUGUUCUCGCCGAAAAGAUGUAA